AUGUCUUCGACUUCCUACUAUGCCUAUACGCCAAGUUUGAUUCUUGCGGUGGUCGGAGUGGGUAUAUAUUGCGCUCUCUUUGCAAGCCAUGCUCUCCGUGUAUGGCGCUUUAAGGCAUGGGAUGGGAUUUAUAUGUUGAUGGGAGCCCUGGCUCAGGCGAUGGGAUUAGGAGCACGAGUGUACUCCUCAGAAGAUACCGGUAGUUUUAGAGCCUAUGGCGUUCAGAAUUUGCUUCUUCUCCUCGGGCCUACCCUAUGCAUGGUGACCGUCAAUCUUACUCAAGUGAAAAUGAUGCGCUGUUUGAGAUCCGAAAACUUUGGUCUCCUCCCUGCUCAAUUUCGACUCCCUAUCUACCUUACUUCCAACAUCCUCCUUCUUCUACUUCAAGGUAUCGGCGCCGUAAUCAUUUCUCUGACUCACAAGCCCGCGCUCAUUGAAUCUGCAAUGAAGAUCCUCACGGCGAGCUAUGUAUGCCAGAUGAUAUUUUGGAUGUUCACUUUGGCGGAGAAUAUCUUCUGGAGUUUCCGAUUUGGACGAUCUUCGUUCUCCAACACCCAACUCAUGAUGCCUCACUGGAAACGGUAUAAUCAGCUGUUUGGCCUUGCGAUCUCAAUUGUUGCCAUGGGUCGCAACAUGGUGCGAUUGACACAGAUGGGCAUGGGACCCGAUGGCUUUUUGACGGCCAAUGAGUGGACGAGUUAUGCAUUUGACUUUUAUCAAGCGGCGAUUAUUCUCUUGGCGUGGGGAAUCUUCUACUUGCCGGGGAUUUGCAAGGAGAUCGAGUUUCAAAAUGUGCAUCAGGCGUUGCAGAAUUAUGAAUGUUGA